GGAAUAUGGUGGCGAAGUGAUAGUAGUACUCAUUCAUUUAUAGAUAUAUAUGUAUAAAUAUAUUUAUUUUUAGAAGGAAAACUGUCUUACAUUAGCGGUUGGAAAUUAAGAAAUACUGUACGAUGGAGUGCUUAGUAAUUUGCUGCCAAAAGAGCCAUGAUCCAAUACCCCUUCCAGAUGGAGAGAGUGUAUUACUUGGCAGAGGCCCUCUGACCCAAAUUACAGACAAGAAAUGCUCCAGAAAUCAAGUUCAGCUCACAGCAAAUUAUGUAAAAAAGGAAGUGCUUGUUACUCAGCUGGGUAACAAUUCAAGUUCUGUUGGAGGAGCGAGUCUUAGCAAAGGAGACUCAACAUCUCUUGGUCCUGGAGGAACUUUCUGUCUUCUUGGAGACAAGUACUCUCACUUCAUCUAUUUCAGUCAACUUCAAUCAUCUGAAAGAGAUAAAAAUGAUGAUGAACCUAAAGCCAAGAAAGUUUGUUUUGAUACUUUAAGUGAUUCAGAUGAUAAUCUCACAUCUGAAGACCUAGAGGACAUACGCCGUGAAUUUGGCCAAGAGAUGGUGGAAAAGAUACGACCACAAAACAACAAAAAAGUUGAUCUUUUAAAAGGGGAUCUAGAUUCUUGUAAUUUGAGGGAGUCAUGGAAGGAUAUUGGAGGGGAGCUAAUUGUUUUUACCUGUAGAGGGAUGGAAGCAAGUUCUAAGAUUGCUGGUUUUGACUUGGAUGGAACACUUAUCACCACUCAGUCUGGGAAGGUGUUUCCUACCUCAAUAACAGAUUGGCAAAUACUAUGUCCAGAAGUUGUUCCAAAACUGAAAGAUCUUUGGCAUAAUGGAUACAAGGUUGUCAUUUUUACAAACCAGCUUGGCAUUUCCAAAAAGCAGUUAAAGGUAGCAGACUUUAAGUCUAAGAUUGAGCAGAUCAUUAAUUACCUCAAAGUACCUGUACAGGUUUUAAUUGCAACAGGAAAUAGUGUCUACCGCAAGCCGCUCACUGGAAUGUGGAAGCACUUAAUCACACAGGCCAAUGAUGAUGUUACUGUAGAUGAAAAGGACAGUUUCUUUGUUGGUGAUGCAGCUGGGCGACCAGCUGGCUGGGAGCCAGGAAAGAAGAAGGAUUUCUCUUGCAAUGAUAGAUUGUUUGCAGAAAACAUUGGAACACAGUUCCACACUCCAGAAGAAUUCUUCCUAAAGUAUAAGCCAUCACCAUUUGAAUGGCCAAAAUUUCUACCGAAAAAUCUAGAUGCUAAUGGAUCUUUAUUAAAUCCAUCAAAUGCAAAGUUGAAGUCAGAAGGUCAAGAGCUAAUUGUUAUGGUCGGAUAUCCCGCAUCUGGGAAAACCACCUUUGUUCAAGAUUAUCUUCUACCGCUGGGUUACGUCCAAAUAAACAGGGAUAUCCUAGGUACAUGGCAGAAGUGUGUUUCUGCUUGCAAGGAUGCAUUGUUAUCGGGUAAAAGAGUAGUAGUGGACAACACAAGUCCAACAAGGGAAGCAAGAAAGAGGUCUUCGUACGAAGAACCACGUUGCGAAGAAGGCUUUGAAGAGAUUGUUAAAGUAAACUUUGUACCAAGGUUUAAAGACGAUCGCGUGAAAGAAUUGUACAUGCAGUUUCAUAACUGAGUUUCAAGUCAAAGUGACCAGGGAGAGUCACAUAAUUCAAAAACUGAGUGCGUGGCUAACAUGUAGGGUUGAGUACGCAUACCUAGCGAAUCAUCUCAGCAGCGCACUUUUACCUAUGACUUUUCUGUCAACACAUGGACCUUUCAGUGGUUGCAAGAGAUUACAAACUGAUCUCUUGGUGGUAGUUCAUGGCGUAUUUCUAACGACUUUCGGCUGAUUUCCCUGGCUUUUCACUGUUUUUCCUUUUGGUAAAAAUCACGAGGCGAAAAAGGGAAGUAAAGGUUACUUUAUCAAAACA